AUGUCGUUUGGCAGCGGCGGGUUUGGGGGCUUCGGCUCCAACAAUAAUCAGCCAUCCGGUGGAUUUGGUGGUUUCGGCGCGAACAGCAACACAGCCAACACGACGACGUCAGCUUUUGGAGCUACCAACACGGGCGGCUUCGGUCAGGGUGCCAACGCAGGUGGUUUUGGUCAAGCCGCCAACACGGGUGGCACCAUGUUUGGGGCCGCGGCGAAUACGGCAGCUGGCGGCUUCGGAGGCAAGCCAGCCUUCGGCGCCGCCAACACGACCGGUGGAUUGUUCGGCUCACCCGUGAGCAACAACAAUGCCGGAACGUCUGCCUUUGGAGGCUUCGGCGGCACCGCCAACACCUCAUCCCCGUUCGGAGCCGGCACGGCGGCCGCCAACACGACCGGUGGCGGGCUCUUCGGUGGCAACAACGCCAACAAGACGGGGUUCGGGACCACGGCCACCGCGGGAACGUCACUAUUCGGCGGCGGUAACACGAACACCACCGGCGGCUUCGGCACCGGCGGCUUCGGUGCCGCCAACAACCCUGGCCUCGGAGGUGGUGUGGGCGACCCCCCGGGCACCAACACCACCCCGUUCCAGGCAUUCACCGAGAAGGAACCGACGAGCAACCAGACGAACUCGUACCAGAACGUGCUGUUUCAGGAUCCCUAUAAGAAGUGGUCGUCUGACGAGCUACGGCUGACAGAUUACGUCCAAGGACGCCGCCACGGCAAUGCCAGCGGAGCUGGCGCCUUUGGCGUCGGCUCCAAUUUUGGAGGCGGCUUCGGCGCAAGCAAUCAGUCGACGACAACCGGCUUCGGCGCCGCAACGACCACCAACACCACCGGUGGGCUCUUUGGAACAGGCAACACCGCCAACACGACCGCCUUUGGCCAGACGGGCACCGGCGGAUUCGGUGCUGCCAACACCCAAGCCAACGCCGCCGGCGGCCUGUUCGGUGCCAGCAAGCCUAGCGGAGGACUUUUUGGAACCAGCGCAACUCAGCAAACCGGAGGUGGUUUGUUCGGAGGCAACGCUGCUGCCGGUGGUUUUGGAGCUGCAACGAACACCACCGGUGCCUUCGGUGCUGCCGCCAACACCAACACCGGUGGCGGUCUUUUCGGCGCGAGCAACCAAGCCAAUAAACCUCAAGGAUCUGGCUUCAGCUUCGGGAAUACAGCCGCGGCAAACACCAACGCCACGGCAUUCGGCAACACGGGAGCUGGCUUUGGCGCCGCAAACACCAACACGGCUGGUGGCGGGCUCUUCGGCAACACGAACAACACACUGGCUACCGGCGGCGGUCUCUUUGGCAAUGCUCAGCAGCAGCAAGCGCAGCAGCAAAACACGGGCGGCGCCUUCGGAGCCGGCUUCGGCGCCCAGAACCAGACCCAGCAGACCGGAGGCCUCUUCGGCGGCAACCAGCAGAAGCCUGCAACUGGGGGCUUGUUUGGCGCGAGCACCACCACCACCGGCGGCGGGCUCUUCGGUACCGCCAACAACCAGCAACAGAACGCAACUGGAUUUGGCGCCAACACCGCCGCCGCCGGCGGUGGCCUCUUCGGCGCCGCAAAACCCAACACCGGCGGCGGUCUUUUCGGCAACACGAAUACGGCGCAGACAGCCACCGCUGGAGGCGGUGGACUGUUCGGAAGCCUGGGUGCAAGCAACCAGACCCAGCAGGCAACCGGUUCCUCCCUGUUCGGAGCGGCCAACAGCACGCAGCAAAAGCCGGGCGGCCUCUUCGGCUCGACGAACCAGGUCGCCGGCUCCGGCCUGUUUGGCGGACAGAACAACCAGACGCAAGGGAGCUCGCUCUUCGGCGGUACCAAUCAGCAGCAGGUGCAGAACCCCGGACUCGGCGGGUCUCUGCUAGGUACUUCGCAGCAGGGAAGCAAUGCCCCUCAGGGCCUGACGGCAAACCUCAACGAUGUCUCCGCCUACGGAAGCCCUUCUCUCUUCGCGGGCAUCGGCGGCAACGAGGUCACCAAUCCCGGCCCGCUCGCAACGUCCGUCAUCGGCAACUCGAAACCUCGCAGGAGCUCCAUCCUGCCCAUGUACAAGCUCGCACCCGCGGCCGCCUCUCGCUUCGGAACCCCCCAGAAGAGGGGCUUCGGCUUCUCGUACGGCGCCUACGGCACCCCUGGUGCCAGUCCCGCGAGCAGCAUCUCAAGCACCCCUGGCGGCCUCGGCCGCAGCCUUCUCGGCUCCAGCGCCUCCGGUUCAUUGAGCAAGAGCAUGUCCACGAACAACCUUCGCCGAAGCUUCAACACCGAGGACAGCAUCCUCGCCCCUGGAGCCUUCUCCACCAACUCUAGUUCUCGCUGGUUUGGAAGCAUUGGGUCUAAGAAGCUCGUCAUCAACAGGGAAAUCAGGAGUGAUCUCUUUUCCACCCCCCAGAAGGAGAAGAACGCAUCGGAUGGCGGCCCGAGCACCCGCAAGCUGACGAAGCGAGUCAGCUUCGACACGAGCAACGUCGAUGGGGAGGAAAGCGCGCCUGUUCGCGGCGCGCUGCCUGCACCACCAGAGGACUCGCCAAGCUCCCACGUUGAAGACGAGGGCGCCACCCGCCAAGGGCGCUUGUCGAUCGGAACGAACGGCUCGAAAACGCCCGAGAUGGAGCAGGUCAAGGGCAACGAGCUGGCCAUCGUCCACGAGGAGGACAACUCUUCCACACCCGAGCCGCCCAAGGCCACCGGCUUCGACAAUGUGCCUGGCGACUACUGGAUGAAACCGAGCAAGGAGGAGCUGCUUGGCAUGAACCGAAUGCAGCGACAGAGGAUCGACAGCUUUACCGUCGGUCGCGACCACGUCGGCUCCAUCACCUUCAAGGUUCCCGUGGACAUCAGCAACAUCGAGGUCGAGGAGAUUUGCGGAAGCAUCGUUCAGCUUGAGCCUCGGUCCGCCACCGUCUACCCGGUGCAGGCGAAGAAACCGCCGGUUGGUAAAGGCCUCAACGUGCCGGCGAGGAUUUCGUUGGAGCAGUCAUGGCCGCGCGGCGGGCGCGACAAGCGUGUCACGAGCGACCCCAAGCGCUUCAACAAGCACGUCGAGAGGCUGAAGCGAAUCCCCGACACGACGUUUGAGACGUACGACAAAGGCACCGGCGUUUGGACCUUCUCCGUCGAGCACUUCACAACCUACGGCCUCGAUGAUUCCGACGACGAGUCCGACUCGGAGCUGCCUCCGCCGGCGCCGGAUGCCGGCUUGGCUGCUCCUCCACCUCGGUUCAUGCCGCUUGACGUGUCUGCCGACACACCCAUCGACGACGACACUUUCGACUUUCGAGAGCACAAGAGCGUCCCCGGUGCCUUUGACGAGCACCAAGAAAUUUACGGCGAAGAAGCCGGCAAGCAGUCUUUUUUAGGGGUUAGCUCCGCGGAUUCGGCGCCCAACAAUGUCACGUUGUCUCUCGACGAGUACGACGACGAGAUGGACGACGGAUAUGACAUGUCCGAGGACGAAGAUAUGACGAGAUCUUCGAUCGGACGGCAUCAUGCCGCGGAGCAAGAUGACACCUCGUCGGAGAGCGAGCUCGAGGCGAAGAGAGGCACGCCAGGCGGCAUUCUCCGAGCCAGGAUGCGAGCCGUCAAGGACUCGGCCGGACCGAUGCAGCUGGAGGUGGCCGACGGCGACGACUGGAUGGAGAUGCUCCGGAAGACCGCAAGUCCUGUGAAGAGAGAUCGUCAGCUCCUUCGAGAGUUAAACGAGUCGCCUUCGAAGCUGAUGGACCAGCUCGCCACCUUCGACGAUGCCGAGUACGACGGUCGCAAAUCGUCUGCCUGGGCGAAGAGCAUGCUGAAGAACGACAGAGCUGGAGGCAUGGCCGCGAGCACGCGGCUGGUCAUGGACAAGGGACGCGGAUUUGCCACGAGCAUCGACCUGAUGAACUCGCUGUUCGAGAAGCCCAAGCCGUCGAGGCGGCUCCAGCCGACCGCAACGUCCGGCAAGGGAUUCCCCCAGUGGCCAUACGAGCGGCAAGACAAGACCCUCACGGUCGAGGAGGCGGAGCGGGCGUUUCACGAUGGCUCGCGCCCAACCUGGGGCCCGGACGAGACGCUGGUGGUGACCAGAUCGCUUGACUUGGAUCAAGCCGGCAUGCCGCUGCGCGAUAGAUCCGGAAUUCUGACCUUUCAGCAAUCCGGGAUCCAGACGGAAACGCAGGACAUUCGGCUGGCCAGGUUCUCCACCGAGUCGUCCAAGAAGUUCCUUCGCAGCCAAGACCGCGUAACGGAGAUCGAACUCGUCGACAGCGUGCCCAUGGCGGUUCUGCGCGCGGCAAGCCUUCAGGACGUGUUCCAUCAUCAGGACAUGAACGACCCGGCAAAUGUGCACGAAAAGCGAGUCUGGGAAUUGGCAAGCAUCCUGUUCGACGCCGGACGGGAGGAUGAGCUGGGACGAAAGGCCAGACUGUCGCAGUUUUGGACCGAGCUCGUCGAAUCGGCGUCCAGCACCAACAUUGGACUUGCCGGCACGAGCGAGGAAAAGGCGGUGGCAUGUCUCGCGGGACACCGAAUCACCGAGGCCUGCAAGCACCUCCUGGACGGCAAGAAUUUUCGACUCGGAACUUUAGUGCCGCUAAUCGGUACCAGCGAUGCCGCCAAGGAGGAGAUGAAGGAGCAGCUGAAGGCGUGGCACGACGCGAAGAUGCUCUCCGAGUUUUCCGAGAGCAUCCGCACCAUCUACGAGCUCUUGAGCGGAAACGUAUGCGUCUGCGACGGCAUGAAGGGCGUUCCGGUCGAAGAUCGGAUGGAAUCAUUCGUCAUUUCCAAAAAGUUUGGCCUCGACUGGAGACAGUCGUUUGGCAUGCGUCUUUGGUACGCCAUCGCGCACCGAGACAGUGUCGCUGCGGCUGUGUCUAUGUUCGGCGAGGACAUAGCCCAGGACAAGGAGGGCCUUCCACGGCCGUGGUACACAGAGCAAGGCAUUGUACCUCUGUGGAACGACGGCGAGGCGGAGCAGCGCGAGGAUUUGCUGUGGGGGCUGCUCAAGUUGUACGCGGACGACAAGGCCGAUCUCGAGGCCGUUCUUCGUCCCGAAAACAGUCGGCUGUCCCCUCUAGACGCUCGACUCUCGUGGCAACUAGGCGUCGCGUUGGUCUCCACAGGCAAUGUUUCCUUCGGACCCGAGGGUGCCGACAAGGCCGACGCGGCAACGCUGGCCUACGCCGCCCAGCUGACGUAUACGGGCGAUUGGCUUGAGGCUAUCUUCGUGCUGCUGCAUCUGCGCGACGCUUCAUCGCGGACUCGGACGAUCCAAGAGCACCUCUGCCGACACGCAGGGUUGAUCGGCCCCGAGUCUGGUCCGACGUUCAGCAUGCUCAUCGAGAGGUUUCGCAUCCCGGCGACGUGGUUGUGGGAAGCACUGGCAUUGUACAUGCGCAGCGUCAAGAAGGACGCGUCUGCUGAAGUCCACUGCCUGCUCCAGGCCGGGUCCUUCGUGGAGGCGCACCGAGUGCUGGUCCAUAAAGUGGCGCCGCAGGCCAUCAUCGAGCGCGACUACGCUACGCUCUCGGCGCUGCUGUCGCAAUUCGAGGGGCGUCAAGGCACCAUCGCGGAAUGGGCGCUCGGUGGCGAGAUGUACAGCAUGUUCCUCCACCUGCUGCAGCACCGCAGCCGGGGUGAGAAUGCGCCGUCUGGUUUGCUCGAAAGGUUACUGGCGGGACUCAACGCCAUGAACGAGCGGAUGGGGGAUUCGGAGAUUACUCGAUACGCAGCCGUGUCGGAGAUGGCGGACGAAACGGCGAAAGAAAUACUGAAGUAUACGAAGAAGAAGCAGGAUAUGGAACUUCGGUGCCGAAUCCUGCACCUACCGUUGACGCAGGACAGGUUGCUUGCUUACUCGGUUGACCUUGGCCUCGACCGAUACCGCGAGGUCAUGUCUCACUGA